CCUAAGGUAGCUGGUCUGGCCGUCGCCCUCCUUGUUAUCAAGACUUUCAUGCAUAUUAUGAAACUUGAUCGCUUUUGGGCUUAAAGUCAAUAUAGCGGAGGGGCGAAGUCGAGAUGUUGCAGCAGAAUGCCGCCGGCUUCCUCCGCCGAACACUACUGGUUAUAUUGCUACAUGCAUGCUAUGCGUCUGCGCCGCCACCGAGCCCACAUCUGUCACCUAUCAGGAGUCGCUUCUUCUGUGGCUCUACAUUCAAGUCCAACGCCACCUCGCGGGCCGAGGUCGGCACAGCGUCUGGUACGGGCGGCAACCCGUACGAGCCCCAACCUGAUGGAUCCAAGACUGUCAGUGAUGAGGCAUACGCUACACGUUUUGCACUCAACUCAGUAUACGUGCGAGCCCCGGUCGACAAGAUUCAUCAGGUCUGGUCGUAUUAUCGUGAUGGUGGCCAGAGUUACCUCCACAGCUCCUCUCACGGGAGCACAGCGCCAUUGUACGCGUACGACCUCAAGUCAUCUUGGAGCCUAGCGUCUGAAGACAAGGUUGUGGCUGUGAGCGCGUGUUGCUCUGCAAAUAUCAGCGACUAUACGAACCUCUCGGCUCCAGUUCUAGCAAAGCUCUUGUUACGCACUGCCUCGGGGGAAGUGCGGCGGCUGGGCAGUCCAGAAGUAGGGAGUGCAGAAGACAGCAUGUGUGCACCAGGCCAGAUCAGUCAGCCAUGGGAACCUGUGCCACCAGGCCACCUGAUGGGCGGGCUUGUGACAGAGGCAGACAGAUAUGCGACGUUCUUCUGGCGUGCCGCGUACGUUUUUGUGGCAGCUCCCGCACCUGGCGAGUGGACGUACCCCACUCGUCCACCCAAGCCCCCCCCGCCGCUCCCACCCAUGCCACCCAACCCCGCCCCGCCGGUCCCAUCUCCACACCUGCCACCCGGCCCACCCCGCCCACCCAGACCGCCACAGGUCAAGGCCACACGCCGCAGUCGGUUCUUCUGCGACACCACUGCUGGCGCCGCCUCCACUGGAUCGUCGUAUGAAGUCGGAAGAAUUGGUGGUCGCCGCCGCAACCUCAACGCUCCGGAACCGGGGGCCUUCCUAGUCAAUGAGGAUGAGUGGAAGGCUGGCAGUGGUCUGGCCCUGAGUAGCUUCACCGUCCUGGCUAGCGCGACCUCCAUCAGCGAGGCCUGGUCAGUGCAUCGGUACCGUGGACCUGGAGAGGUCAACACCACAACGGCCAGCAGCUCUAACGCAAUCGCCUCGGCGGCCACAGCAAUUGGCGCUGUAACCUCCGCCAUCAACACCAUUUCAAAUUGGGAGAAAUCGAAUAUGACGCUGGACAUGGAGUCAGCGUGGACCCAGUCGGGACCGGACCGGAUUGUGGCUGUUAGUGUGUGUUGCUCGGUCAGCAGCAGCAAUGCAGGCGACUUGCUGCUUCCAGCACGGCUGCUGUUCAGGACCAAGGGUGGCUAUGCUCACGUGCUUGGCAGCGGUGGCAGUAGGUUCACAGGCAGCGACGACGCGGUCCUGUGCGGCUACCGCCGUGAGGAUGUGCCUCAGCCCUGGGAGGCCGUGCCGGCGGGCUUCAUGCUGGGUGGACUGGUCGCGGAGCGUGCCGCCAACGCCUCCACAUUCAGCCGCGUCGGCUUUGUGUUUGUGGCCGAGCCGUCCGCAGAGGAGUGGGCCUCAAUGGCUUCAAUCAAAGCAUCACCGCCGAACACGAACGGCGGCGGAUACCAUCCUUCUGUUGGGUUCAUAGUUGGUGUGUCUCUAGGCGGCGGGGCUGCUGUGUUGACCUUGCUGGUAAUGAUUGUACGGUUUGGACGUAGAAUGUGCACGCGUGGAAAGGACCGUCAGUACUUCCAACGCAAUCUUGCGGAGCAAUGCAGUGCGGAUGUGGAGUCGGUCGCGGGCAGUUUCGAGGUUCUUACCGCCACAGCUUUGUGCGCGGCUACCGAAUACUAUGUUGGUAGGCGACUGUACACGGACUUCUCGGCAGCUUUACGUGGCAGGGACUGUGGUAAUAGCAGCGGUGGACAGGUCUACACGGGUCUCUUGCCUCGGGACUCCAGCGCAGGCGAUCCCAGGGGUCGAGCUGUGCUAGUGUGGCGCUUGGAGCACCGAUCUUCAACUGUUCCCCCGCCGCCGACUCAGCAGUCUGGACUAGAUGAGCGUUUGGUGCAAAUGGAGCGGGCUGCAAGGCGGCUAGCAGCCCUGCGUCAUCCCACCCUGCUGCCGCUGCUGGGCAGCUGUGCGACGGCACCAAUGCUAGUGUACGACCCUGGGUCGCUUGAGGAGGCCCAGCGCGGCUUCACACUAGCUGACAUCUUGAAGAAAUGGCCUGAAUUCUUGGAGUGGGAGCACCGAGUGGUCACUGGCUAUCAGGUGGCCGCCGCGAUGGAGUUCCUACAUGCCCAGGCGCCUCCCCUCUUCUGUGCAGUGCCGCUUGAUGCGGAGCGUGUGAUAGUGGAUUCAUCCACUGGUGUCGCCAAACUUGGAUUUGUGGGAAUCGACUUCAGGGAGCGCGCUGACGGCGACAAUGAAGCGCACUGGGCGCGAAUGGAGGUGGAGGACAUACGCGCUCUUGGGGUGCUGCUGCUGCGUCUGCUCACGGGCGACGCGCGGGGGGAAGCCGAGGAGCUCGUGGUGUGGGUGCACGGUGUCAUCAAGUACGACAGGCAGGGGGGCGGCGGCGGCGGAGGCAACACGCUCCCCAUGCUCGCAACUCUAGGGACCCGCACCGGGCACGGCCAUCUGCUGGUGUGGCCGCGUGAGGUUGCGUUCGCGUUUGCUGAGUUGGCGCUCAAGUGUGCCAGCUGCAACGAGCAGGACGGCGUGCCUGGCCUCAGGUCGGAGGUCCUUCCGUUCCUGUACCACCUGCUCUCUCACAAGCGGCCGCCGCCGCCGCCGCCGAGGCCGCCGCCGGCCGCCAGCAGCAUGCUGCACAGCAGCCGCAGGCCUCCGCAGGAGGAGCAGCAGGAGGAGGAGCCCCGGCAGCGGCGUAGAGUACGGGAGAGCGUGCCGGCGGGGCCCAUGGAGCAGGUGGAGGUGCCGGGGCCGCAGGAGUCGGACAGCGGCGAGGCCGGGUCAUGGCAGCAGGAGCAGAACCAGGAGCAGGGGCAGCAGGAGGAGCCGCAGGGGCCGCCGCCGACGCGGGCAGCACGCCGCCGCAGGUCGCGACCAGCGGGCGCGGGUCCGUUUGCUGAGCUCCGGGCGCAGCAGCGGGUGCACAGGCCACAGGGCACGGCGGGGCAGCUGCAGCAGCAUGAGAGCCUUACUGAACAGGCAUCGGCGGAGCGGCAUGCCGCAGGCGAGGGCGGCGGGCGGCAGGGUGAGGAAGAUGCGGAUCAGCAGCAGCUGGAUCAUGAGCUGGAGGAGGUCGCGGAGAUCUCAUUGCCAGGGCCGCCGCAGGGGCAGCUGCUGCCGACGCCGCCGGGAUCACUGCUGAGUCAGGGGAACAGUGGCAAUGAGUUGUUGUGAGGAAAGAGCGAGACCUGGGAAGCAAGUCCUGGGCGGCGCGCUGGAAGGGAGCUGGCGCGUGGUAUGACAGUACAAGGAACUGCAAUCUGUUUACAGGCUGAGGCUGAGGCUGUGGUAGGAUGGAGGGCCCUUGCGGCAGCUGGGCAGGGGCUGGGCGGCAGCUGGGCGGGGGCGGGGCGGAGGCUGAGCGGGCCUGGACACUGCUGUUGGGGGCUUUCGUAAGUGUCACAUGCUUUAUGUCAUUGCAGUGCGUUUGUUAUUCUUGAAGCAAGAUAGGGCAUGAUUGGAACGUGGAACCGCGUGAUGUCCUGGCCUGAGGGUGAAUUCAUGGUGUGGCUUUCCGUGUGUCAUGGGUGCGGUUGAGUUGCUGAGGCACAACUCCGUGACAACAUUAUUGAUGACGAGAUGUGACGUUGUCAAGAACCGUGAGAGU